AUGUUUGAUAAAAAAAAAUUCUUAAUUAGUUCAAUAUCGAUAACAUUGUUAAUAUUUACAGUGUUUCAUAAUGUUGAAAACGUAAUUCAAAAAAGGAGAUUCUUGUCAGAAGAUGAUGAGUCAUUAAAUGAAAAACACGAAUAAGAGGAACAUAAAAAUGUUAGGAAAACAUAUUCCCCUGCUGAGAUAGAUUUUUGGAUAUGUUUGCUAAUAGCUGCAAGUUUAUAUUAUCUAUAAUAUUAGCUUUAAUCUGUAUGGCUGCUGUGUGUUCAGGAAUGACAGUUGGUUACUUGUCUAUUGAUGAAUUACAAUUAGAAAUAUACAAAGAAUAAGGAACAAAUGAAUAAUAAAGACAAGCUAAUAUAAUAUUACCAAUAAUCAAAUAACAUCAUAUGCUUCUAUGUACAUUACUUAUAGGAAAUGCAUUUUGUAUGGAAUCACUUCCUAUAUUUUUUGAUAAAGUUGUUCCUCCAGCAUUUGCAGUAUUAAUAUCAGUUAUCUUUAUAAUUUUUGCUGGAGAAAUCAUACCUUAGGCAUUAUGUACUGGACCAAAACAAUUAAUUAUUGCUGAAAAAUUAACACCAAUAGUUAAAAUAUUAAUGAUUGUAUUCUGGCCAAUAAGUUAUCCUUUGGCUAGAAUGUUAGAUUCUUAUUUUGGAGAGCAUGGAUCUACAAGAUUCUAAAAAAAUGAAUUAAAAGCCUUGAUUGAAUUACAUGGUAUACAAAAACAUGCAACUGGAGGUGGUCAUUCAAAUGAAGAUUAAGGAUUUACUUAAGCUGAAAUUAAUAUGAUUACUUCAACUAUUGACUUGAGAGAUAAAACUGUUGAAUAAGUCAUGAUCCCUAUUAAAGAUGUAUUUUCUGUUAAUAAAAAUAAUGAACUUAAUAAAGAAACAUUAGCAAGAAUAGCAUCCUCUGGUUAUUCUUAUGUCACUAUCUAUGAAAAUUAAAAAGAAAAUAUUAUUGGAACCAUUAGAGCUAAAUAAUUAAUUGAUAUGGAAUUAACUAAAAGAAAAAUAUCAGAAUUAGAUAAUCUUGUUAGACCUGUUCUUUUUGUUUAAAAUGAUACCUCAUUAUUUGAAAUGCUAAUGAUUUUUAAAUAAAGAAAAACCAAAAUUGCAUUUGUAGUAGAAACUAAUAAAAUUGAAUAAACUAAUACAUAAAGAAAUCCUAAUUUUUAAAUUGUAGAAGAAAAAGUAUAAAAAAAAAUUAUUGGAUUGAUUUCCUUGAAAAUGUUAUUUGAAGAAAUUGUUAAGAAGGAAUUUCAUGAUUAAGAUAACCAUAUCAAGUUUAAUUCAGUAUUUUAUUUAUUAUUAUAUCUAGUUAAAACCACCUUAAAUUUAAAAAAUUGGAAAAUCUUAAAGUAAUAUAAUUAUGGAGCCUGAAGAAAAAAAAUGA